AUGUCGUCACUAUGUAGCGUCACCAAAACGCUCCUUAUGCGUUUCUUCUGCUCUGUCGCGGAGCUCGAGCACCAGUACCCACUCGUGUGCACUCGUGCACUUGUGUUUGGCGACAUGCGUCUAGGACAAGACUUGCUGAACUUCCUUCGGCAGCGCAACGCCCUUGUCACAGAAUCAGAAGUCUUCCAUCUAGUGCGGCAACUUGACUUGAACGGCGACGGGCGGAUAUGCUACUCAGAGUUCCUCAACGCACUGUUGCCGGUAGAUGCAGCAGUCCGAUCCUCUCUAAUGGCUCGGGUGGACUGCGGAACGCACGUGCACCUUCCACAUGAUUGCUGUUUCUUGCUUGCAAAUCUCUUGAUGAAAGAGGUGGAAGUUAACCGAGAACUGGAAGUCCGGCGCAAAGUCCUCUUCAGUCGCCCGGACUUCAAGCUCUUGCAUGCAUUCCGUUACCUGGAGGAACCAUCAAUCGGCCAAAUAACACCUGCAUCUCUGGCUGAAGUUUCUGAGGCACACAACCAUCACAUGACAGCCUGCGACCUCGAACUGAUAUUCCGGCGCAUGGAUCGGUGA